AUGAAUUUUACACCUAGAAUUUAGAUGGAAGGAAAUUCAUUUCACUUAAUUUAUGAAUAAACAAAUGAUGAAUUAUUGGACAUUUUAGAGAGAGGAAUCUCAAAGGAUAGGCUAGUUCUUCGUAAAAAUGGUUAUUGUGUUACAGAUAAAAAAACAAAAAUGAAAUAUAUAGUCAAUUAUUCAAGAAGAUUUUUAAAAUUAAGGUAUUAUAUUCAAAUAUAAUUAGUUUUUAAAAAUCUGAUCUUUUAGAAUGUGAUAUAGGAGUGUUGAUUGAAAGUUUAACUUUAAAAAUAUUCCAAUAAUAAAAUUAGAUGAAAAGAAUGUUUUCUGAGGUUGGUUAAUUAAAUGAAAGUUGUAUUCGUGAAAUAGAAUAUGCUCCAACAGACAUAGUAAUUGAAAUAAUUUUUGGAAAAAUGAUGAUUGCUAAAUUUUACCUUUCUUAUAUAAUAGGAAACUCAUUGAUGUUAAUUGAUGAACGAUAUGCUAGAUUUUAGCUAAUAAAUUUGGAAAUAUUAGAGGGUAAUACAUUAAACUAAGAAAUUUUUAAAUAAACUCCAUUAAAUUUACAUUUUCUCACUUAAUUUACAGCUAUAGAUAAAUUUAUUGAUUUAAUGUACAGGACCUUUAUUCCAAUAUAAAUAUUGAACAAUAAAAUAACCACAAAUAACUUUUUUGGGACACUUUAUUCAUAUUAUUUAAUGAUAUAUCCUAAUUAGUAAUGUGCUACUUUAGUUUUUGGAAUAAGAAAUGACAAAGUUAGUCAUCCAUUGAGUAUCAAACCUUUAUUGAUUUAAAUGAAAACUUAUUUUUCUAAUGAUAAACUUAUAGUUGAAAUUGAAUAAGCAGAUGCCUUUGCUUUAUUAAAUGGAUAUCAUUAGAUGGCUGAUUUUGCAUUUUUUAAAAAAGAAAUUCAUGAAGUCAUAACAAAAUGGGCUUUUCAAAAUUGUUAAGAAUUUGAUGAAUUCCUAUAAAAAUUUCUAUUUAUUGGUUUUGCCUAUAUUUUAUUACAUCCAAAAAGGGAAUUAUUGUUUUAUUGGAUGAAAAAAACUAAUUGGGAAUAUUUUGAGAAACAAAUAUUGAAUUCACUUAUUUCUAAAAUAGCUACUUUAUAUUUUAAUUUAAGUUAAAAAAGAUAAGAUUCUGUAAUAAUUGAUUAUAAACGAUUUCUUGAAAUGCAUGUUGAUAGGUAUUUUCAUCUUUAUGAAUAUAUAUUGAUUAAAGAACAAAGAGAAGAUAAGGAAAACCCAAUUAAAUAUAUACUUAAAUUAUAUUAAGAAAAAUUAGAUAAGAAUUAUUAAAACAUAGUAAAAAAUAAUUUUAAAGAAAAUGAAAUUGCAACACAAUUAUAGAAACUUAGUAUGUUAUAAUUUCAAGGAGAAAGAAUACUAUUUGUUUUCUAAGCUAUUGAGUAUAGUAUACUUAAUGGAUAAAUAAUAAAAAAUUAUUAAGGAAAUGAAACAAAUAGAUGGAGACUCAAUGAAUUACCUAAAAAUGAAUAAGAUUUUAUUAUAAGUUUAUUUUGA